AUGCUGGGAAUAAAAAAGGGAGAGAAGUACGAAGAUAUUGUUUCAAAACUGUGGGAAGAAAAAUUUCACUCCACAGCACAGAUUCUUAACGAGAAAUACUUGGAGAGAAGAAAAAAAAAGAGGGAUAAUCACCAGGUGUGUAAAAAAAAAGGGGCCAUUUACUGGGAACAGCGGGGAAGCAAAAGCUGCGACAUCGGUGGAAAUAAGAACCAAACCCGAGCCGUGAAGAUUCAACGAGUGAAUAUGCAGAAUGAUGAUUGCCCCUUGGAGGGAAGCCACGCAGGAAUAGGAAAAAGUCAAAACCCUAAUGAGAGGGACAAAUCAUGUCAAAGAAGAAACAGCCUUUCCAACGUACUACAAAUGGAAGGUGUAAAUAGCAAUACAUUUUACGAUACACAAAGUGACAAGCAUUAUGUGAAAUUUAACAGUAAGGAAUUCACGCAAGAUGUUGACAUAGAUCAUGAAUUCUUUUAUAAGCGGAGUAACAACAUGGGAAGAAAGAUGAUCAAGGAAGAGGUGCAGUCCAACCACGCAUCCACCAGCAGCAAAGUGAAAAAGUUUUUUUUAAUUUUUUGCAAUGGGUGUUUAGUUGUAUUUUUGGGAGUCAGUAAUAACAUAUGCGGUAGGAUGAGGAAUCGAGUGCUGAACAACUUUGACAGUUUAACUGCGUCGUAUAAUGCUAUAGCCUACGUGGGGAUUUAUUUAGUGCUGUGCAUUAUUUACUGUAAGUCAAGGAGCAUUACAAAGGAACACUGGUCUUAUAUUUAUCCGUGCUUGAGCAGGCAUUUUAAGAAAAGGGAGAAAAGCGGUGAUGCGAGACAGAUAGACAAGAAAAAGGAGCAAGCGAAGGAGGAGCGCGAUUGUACCAUUGAUGUGAGGGAUCACGAGGCAAUCAAGAGGAAGAAGAAAAUCAUGAAGCUUCAGGGGAAAGACGUACGAGCCGGGGAAGACAACACCCUGGAGAGCAGCAGCGCUCUAAACACAAGUGAGCCGCGCUCCAAUGAGAAGAAAGAACCAAAUGAUAAAAAAACGCACGCUCAGUGUCGCUGCAGUAAUGCCAUUGUGGAGAACUCAGAUGCGGAGGAGGGAGUGUACUCAUUUAGUAAGCAAGACAUAAAGGACAUACUAGAACAUUACCAACAUGAUAAACCGCACGAAGAUGUCCUACGCUGUAGAGGGACGACGGAGAAUGGAAUAUAUUCAAGUGUAAAGAAGAAGUGGAGAAAUUUAGGAGCAUACAAAUAUGUAAUCGUCAUAGCCUUAUUUGACAUAAUAUCAAAUACGUUAUAUUUUGUGUCCCAGCUAGCCAUUCCGCUAACCAUCCUACUGCUCCUGAAUCAGUUGAAUUUUAUUUUCUCCAUUAUAUUAUCGUACUUGAUUUUAAAAAGGAAGUACAACAUUCAUCACGCGUUGUCAGUCAUUAUCGUCAUAGUAGGUUUCCUUUUCUUCUACAUUCCCUACGUGUACAAGGAGAAUACAGUUGUUACGAAGCAGACAUUGGUCAGCUAUUAUAUGAACUCUCAUUUUUAUCUAAAUGUGCAUGAUGCACUAUAUGACAAUGCUAGCUAUUUUAACAGAUUCUACAACUGUAAUGAACCCACUUGCAAUAUGACACCCCCGUUUGGUAUAUUCGCAUCUAUCAUUUUUUGUGUGUUCUCCAUUUUGCUAACAUCAUAUGGUGGGGUCCUCAGGGAAAUAUUUUUCUCCGAGUAUAUAAAAGGAAGAGAGAAGCGUCACAAGGUGGUCAGCAUAAGGAAGGGAAAAAGGAAAUGCUCUCCAUUAUGUAGUGCCAUUUGCGCUCCAGAGAUGGGGGUACCACAGAAUGGAUUCUGCGAAAUGGAGACAGAAGAAAGAACAUCCUCGGGGGAGAGUAACAAACAGGGGAGAAAGCACAACUAUGGGAAAAAAGCAACUCUCGUUGAGUAUCCCCUUUUUAAUAAACCAAGUGAUGACGAUAAAAAUGGUUACAUGAUAAAUAUGCAAGAGUUAGCUGUAAGCCACCAAGGGGGGGAUGAAGAAAUGUUAAGUGGAUUGUCUGUGUCCCACGCUAAUCGUAUCGUGGACGGGGUUGAUAGUACCGAACGCCAUUUUACGUCUCCCUGCCCGAUGUGCGGGAAAGGUGGAGGAGAAACAGGCGCAUCCAAAGGGGUACUCGAUAUUAUGGAGAACAAACCGCUUCACAACCGCGUAGUAGUAGAAAAGGUCACCCCCAAAAGUGACAUAGUGCAGAAAACGAAGAAAGGAAGAAAAGCCUCCGACAAAAUGAGCGUCAUACUUUUGUCUUUCAAUAUUUCACUAAUCCAAAUUUGUUUGCUCCCAAUGAUAAUAUAUUUUCAACUUUUGUUUAACAAGAACAAGGACAUUUCUUACUUGCUAUAUAUCAAGGAUAGCAUCCAAUGCUUCUCGGGACAUACCAUGGAGAAUAACUCGAACUGUAAGUACUCGUUUGGUGUGUACAGCUUGUACAUAGUGGUGAAUGCUAUAUUUAACUUGAGCGUGUCGUCAUUUUACAGCAAGUAUUCUUCAGCCGAGUGUUUCCUAAUUUUGAAGUCUUCAACUCCGCUUACUCUGGUGGUUUUAUAUUUUUACGACUUUCCGUUUAUCCUGGAGAGUGACAAAUAUUUUUCCAUUUAUUUUGUGAUCAGCAUAGUGAUCGUUUUUACUGGCGUGAGUUACUUCUUCUAUCAGAGCAUCGCGUCAGAUAGGAAAAGGAAAAAAAAAAGUGGCUACGUAAAUUUGGUACGCCUCCGUGCCCCCGUGGCCCGCCUAUCUUUAAUAAUUCACUUUCAAUUCGUUUAA